UUCAAGUUCCAAUUUAACUAUUCUCUACAGGAAUGAUUAAUCCCCCAAGGACCUUCCGAAAGAUCGUCCCAAUUAGUGGACACGCUCUUUGCAUAAUCUAAUCUAAUUGUCCUGCGACCGGGUUUAAGAUUCUCCAGUCUGGCGAGGACACGCGAUCCUCGCAUAGGAUCAUCCGUAAUGCAGGGAUUAGGGGGUGUACCCGAUUAAAAAGUGGAGGUCGAGGUGAAAAAAAAAAGAAAAGUGGGUCGACCGCAGGACAAUAAACCGUAUAGGCAUUGUUUCGAAGCCACGUGGUGGUGACUACCACGGGAUGCCAGUGCGUCAGUUGUGGUUCUCCUAUCGAUCCUGUAAGUUUCCAUUCGGUGGCGACCUCCUCUGCGUGCGCACCCUUCUCAUCUCAGUUAUUUACCAAGCACCCUACGAUCGAGUCGGGAGAACCUUGGGGAACGUGUAAAUGGUGAGAGGGAAGUCGAUCGGCAGGUAACGAGAAAUUCCGAAGGGGGUGGCCAGGUCGAGGGUGUAAGAAGGUUUUUGCCGCAAGGUAUCAGGGUACAAGGCGGGGGUCGAACCGUUACCGCGGUUGUGGUAAGGUCUUAGCUAAGCGUAGAGACAUCGUCGGAUAAGAGCCGAGUGUAUCAUCUUCAAGGAGGAACGGAAGAAACAAGGAGUCGGGCGAGACCGGGUGGUAUAAAAUUCGUCGAAGAAAGCGAACGGAGAACGUGAAAGCAACGUAACUCCAAUGUAUUACGGUCCUACUUGUACAAACGAAGCAACGGAAAUAUGUCGUUACCACGAGAAUGGAGCUUGCAGGAUUCGAUUGAGCGUGACGCUGUCGCCUGUGCGACAGCGUCGCAGGAGAUGGUCGGCACGACCGUCAUCGACGAGAAUAUGAAUCAACAGAAUCAGCUGGGCUCCCUAUUGUCGAUACACUCGGCGCCUGUCUUCGAUCUGAGCAACGGCAUGCCAUCGCCGAAGAGGCCAGCAUCGUUGGCCGUCCAGGCGACGGCAACCUCGACACCUAUUGUGCCACCUCACCUUCAGAGCCCGGAGACGAUCGAGGACGAGGACAACGAUAAUCUCCUAACGAUAUCGAGUCUCACCGCUAGGCCAUUGAUAGCAAAGUCUCGGGAGCUUCGCUCGACGAAAAGCUCCGCAUCGAAGAAGAAGAAACCGAAGAGAAACGAGACGAAGAAGCCGAGGAACAUCACCUACGUUCCUUUGGACGGUGGCUACGGAUGGAUCAUCGUUUGCGGAGCGUUUUUCGUACAGUUUUGGGUGGCCGGAUUGGUGAAAUCCUACGGAGUGUUGUACGUUGAGGUGAUGGAAACGUUCAAGGACUCCUCGGCGUCGGUCGCUUCCUGGAUACCGGCUAUUUUGUCUUGUCUUUGCUUAGCGCUUGCUCCAGUGACGAGUAUGCUGUGCCAGAAAUACAGCUGUCGAGCGGUCGUCUUCGUAGGAGGAUUGUUCUGUGCUUUAGGACUGACCUUAAGUUAUUUCGCCACGAGAUUGAUACAUCUCUUUUUUACAUUUGGAAUUUUAACAGGCAUCGGUGGUGGAUUGUCAACGACGCCAGGUAUCAUCCUCGUCUCCCAGUAUUUCGACAAGCAUCGCGCCCUGGCGAACGGGAUAUGCGUGUCCGGUACAGCAGCGGGUAGCUUCGUAUUUCCGCUUCUGAUCGAGACUCUGGUGAAGAAUUUCGGUUUCCACGGGACUAUCCUCCUACUGGGUGGCUGCAUGCUGCACGUGUGCGUGAGCGCUACCCUCUACCGACCGUUGGAGAACAAUUACGCCCCCGAGGAUGUCGUUACGGCGGAUAAAUUAGAUAAGGUCGAGCCAACGGCAAAGGAAUUAGAAACGGCGAAGCAACAGAAAUUAGACGUAAUAUUCGCCGACUCGACUACAAAGCAUAAUCUGUUGAACGAAUUGUUUCAUCAGAACAAUGUAGUGGCGGUGGAGCUGACCGACAGCGACGAAGAGAAGGACGUGAUGGGGGAGGCUCUAAGGCUGAAACCGAUGUCGAAGAUACGUAGCUCGAGUAUACUUCACAGCGUCGAGGAUCUGUCGACCGACUCCACCUGCGUGUACAAGGCGAGAUCGUCGUUGAGAUCGUUGAGAUCGUCGGUAACCGCCGUAUGUCCAGUUCCUCAGAACGAACCACAAGUGCCGGAGGAAAAGAAGACUGUCAUGCAAAGGAUAGCGCGAUACAUUGACCUGUCGCUAUUGAAAAAUCCUCAGUUUAUCAUGAUGUGCUUCUCCGUCAGUCUCAUGUCCACCGGAAGCCCGUACAUGCUUUAUUAUCUGCCAGCUUAUGUUCACGCGGCUGGUUACACGAAAUCGGAAGCUGGAUACUUAGUUGCCAUUUCAGCGGCGCUUGAUCUAUGCGGGAGAUUAGGACUUGGAUGGCUUUCAGACUUGCAGCUGUUCGAUCGACGGAAAGGAUACAUUGGAAGCGUCGUAGGUGCUGGUGUAGCAGUACUGGCAAUACCAAUGGCCCAUUCGUUCUAUGUACUGGCAUGCUCCGUGGGUAUGUACGGAUUAUGCCUGGGCUGUUGGUUUCUCUUGGUACCCGUCCUUCUCGCAGACCAAUACGGAACUGAUAAAAUAUCCUCUACUUACGGUCUUGUCAGGAUGUUCCAGAGUGUCGGAGCUAUUUCUAUUCCGCCUUUAGCAGGCUACCUGCGUGAUGUAACUGGAAGUUACAAUGUAUGUUUUCUCUGUAUGGGAACGUGCAUGGUCAUGGGUGGUCUACCUUUGCUCCUGGUUUUUAACGAAGUAACCAAGUCAUCGAAGAUGACCGUUAAUGCUGAGAACAGUAACUGUCAAGGAGAGACGACUGUGAAAGAAUAAGAUAUUUUGCGAAUGUGAUUGAAUGUGUAAUAGAAAACUAAUAAAUCGCAACAUUUUGUCGCUACAAUUAUUCCACUA